CUGUGUUUUUUUUCCCCCCCAUGGCCCAUGGACUCAGAUGGGCUCAGAUGGUCAGAUGGGCUCAGAUGGGCUCAAUGGUCAGCCACAGAGAAAGCAGAAUCCAGUAAAGGGCGCUGGCACAUCCAGCUGACGUCCUCUCUCCUUCUUGACCCAGUCCUCCCUCCCUCACCUGCAUACCACCUGUCGUGCAUCCCGUCUUCUCGUCCAACGACGCUCAAGAAAAAAAGCUCCUUCCUUCUAAUCCACUACCCAGUUUCCCAGUCUCGUCUCACCUCUACGCAUUCGGGAACUCGCUGUCUCACUUUCUACUCUCCUUGAGUCAACUUGCCUCCACAGUGCUCCAUCGCCAGCAUAAACAUCCGCAAUGUAAGGAGGGCGACUGUGACCCAGGGAGCUGAAAAGAAACAAAAAAAACCACCCUCGUGCUUUAAACAACCAGACGUGCAGUUUUCUCAGCCUAUACCUCUUCGCCAAUCUCAACCUGCAACGGCGCGCAAACAGGCUGGCUACUUCAACGCCACACGACAGUUUCCAACGCUCUCUCCAACAACAACAAUAACUCCAGCUCUAGCAUUAUACUGCACGCGAAAGGACAACACUUGCCUGCUUGGGCACAUACAGGAUAGCCCGGGAGCACCGCAUCAUCAUACCAAGCCCCACCACCAAACAUAACAUAAAGUAGACGCCAUGGACACGCGCGGGAUCGACCGCCAUCCCACACCAGAGCGAACAAGACCACCCGGGUCCAGCACCUCCCUCCAAUCCCGCGGCACAGCAGGAAGCUCCAACAUCUCCUCUUCGAACCUCCCCCACCACCGAAUCCAAAACAUACGGAGCGAUCGAGGCAAGAUGCAUGACGCCGCGGAGCAAGGUGGAAGAGAGGGACAGGGACAGGGCGGAGACUUGCUACAGGAGAAGCUCCGCGAGAUGAAGGCAGCGCGGCUGCAUGAGCGCAGAAAGAGCAGAGAUGCCGCUGCGUAUCAGGAUAUGCAGCUCGGAUCGCAGAGUUCGCCGGCGGGCCCACGGCGACGUGAACAGGAAUUGGAGGCGCCAGGGUCUGCGGAUCGGAGAGCUGAUCGUGCGAGUGGGAAGCAGAAAUUGGGCGUCAAGGCUACCGAAGAUAGAGUUUCCGCUUUACUAAAUGAGAACUUUGAUCUCAAACUCAAAUUACACCACCGAAAGGAGCAGCAAUCGAAACUCGAAGAGCGCCUAGAAGAUUUAGAACAGCAGGUUAAGCAACAGCAUGAGCUACAAGGGAUGAACGAGCAAUUGGUUUCUGAGCUAGCUAAGCGGGACGUAGCCAUUGAGCAGGCCGUCAAUGUCAUAAUCGAGCUUGAAGAGAAGGUCGACAAACUCAUGGAGGAACGGAAUGCAGUCAGGUCCCUCCAAGCAGCAACGAGCCUCUACCUGAGUGACCGUGACGACAGCGUCAACGGUGGAACAAGCAGCGGAACAAAUGGCCAGAUCGUGGCCAGCUCGCCUCCAGACGACCCCCGGUAUCGCGCCAACAACGACAUCACCCCCGUGGGACACCGAAGCCAGGAAUCGCAUUCGAGGUCGCUCGCGAGAAUGCCCUCGUUCCUUUCCGAGCAGACUGAGGAGACGGAGGCACUGCGCAGCCUUUACAUACCUCGCGACCAAAGCUUGCCCAGGCUAUCUGAAGAUCAUGGCGCAAAGGGGGACGACAUGACGUCUGAACUCGAUGGAAUGAACAGCCCCCGUCUAAGCGUCCUGAGCGAGAGCUCAUUUAUAAGUGUGUAUGGAGCGAAGAGCAAUGGCAAGGACCUGGACAGCCUGGACUUGGAAUAUGAGAACUUGGAUUCGCCCGAGCCAAACCGCUUUAUGAACGCCAGGUCCGUGGACCAAUGGGUCGGAGACGGCCUGAAAAAUGCAAACAUGAUGGAACGAAAAGAGUCUGGACGGGUUCCGGGUGUUGUCGCUGUAGGACAAUUCCUCUCAAUGAAUGAUGUCCUGAAGUCGCCGCUCCAGAGACUCGAGAAGCUCCAGCGCACGCUUGAGAGUCGGAAUGGGCCGGCCAUCGCAGCUCGCCUCAUCCAAAGCACGUCCGAUCACAAACUCGAUGAUCCGCCAAGGUCUGUGCCUGCGAAGCAGGACAACAUUCGGAGAACGGACUUGCAGCCGUUCGAGCAACGCGCCCUGCCUCCCACGCCAGACACGUUCAGCACCAACUCGCUGCAACAGUACAAGAACUCAAAUUCAACUGAUACCCUCAACGCCGACGCCACUAGCUUCGUGUCUAGUACGCAGGAACACGAUGAUAACAGGCCUUACCUGAGCCGUGCCCAAACCAGCCCCGAGUAUGACCUAGCCCGACUCCGCCGCCCACGCAGCGCCGCCGAGACCAUCACGAGCCGCCGCGACGGCCAUGGCUGGGACACAGCGACGCAGAGCGAGGUCACAGAGACGAACUCUGAUAUCGCCAGCGAGGCAACGAGCACCAUGGACCCCUGGAUCUCUGCAGCACGAGAGAACCUUCGACCUGCCACAUUCCGCGCACCAGAGAUGUUCUCCUUCGGCGAGGACUACAAGAAAGACUGGGGCCGCGACGUGAUGUUCAACCGCCGCGACGACGACAUCCCCAUCCGCUCGCGCAAGCCCCUCGAAGCUCCCGCCAACAACGACAUAACACCCACCAUCUACCGCUACGAGCGCUCCGCAAGCGGCUACACCAAAGACCCCCACGCCUCCCUCGCCGCCCAAAUCGAAACCUCAUACCGCCCGGCCCCGCCCGAGCGCCGCUCCUCCCUCGCUACCGCCACCUCCCCAGCAGGCAACGAGAAACGCCUCCGUCGCCUCCAAGCCGCGCGCGCGGAAGCAGAUGCGCCAGAGCCGCCGCCCCAUGGGCCCAAGGCGCCACCGCAGAAGACUAUAGAGGAUCCACAAAAGCGCGGCUUGUUUAAGAUGCUCGGUCUAGGCCGCUCGGUGUCAGCGGCUGUCUCGCAGAUGCCACCACCGGCCUUUAUGCGCGGGAAUAGCGAACAGCCCCCUAUCACCACCAACAACAUCUCCGCUCCCAAACGCAUCACAGUCGUAGAAGACAUCCGCGACACCUCUGCCACCCCACCACCCAUCUCUCGCUACCCGCGCGGACGCGCUACAGCUGACGCCCAGAGGCCGUCCACGUCGCAUAGUAUGGAGUCCCGCGGCCCGAGCAGCAGGGUGCAUUGGGAGCGGAGGCUGAGCACGGGACAUGUGGCUGCGAGUCCGACGUCGGGGACGCUGACGACGGAUGGGAGUGAGGGGACGGGGAUCCUGGAGACGGGGAUGGGUGGGAGGGAUAUUAGGGAUACGGCCAGUACGAGGACUAGGAGGUGGUAUGCCCUUGGACGGGUGGGGAGUUUGAGGAGGUAG